CCUGCAUGACUUCUUUGCUGUGGGCUUUUGGCGCCUGCGCGCCACAGGAAGUAGGACUCCAUUGGCAUUUCCGACUUGAGAAAAGCACUUUCGUCGCAUUUUGUUCUCGCUCUGGAAGCCUCAACAAUGCCUAAAAUGUAAUAGACUCUUCAGAAGCCGUACCCAGCCCUGUUGAGUACCAGAAGUUUCAAAAUUACUUUCUUUUUCCUGUUUAUCUUUGCUAGGCUCAACAGAACGCCUGAAUUCUAGCCAUUCAGGCCCUAGAGGCUCACUCGGCGCGGUGCAUUGUGGGUACUGUAGUUUUCUCCGUAUUUAUGGUUACUUUAAGCAAGCGUGGCGGGGUUGGUUCAAUGAAGUGAACUUCUUUUGGUGGCCCUCGGUACAGUUAAGUCUGAGCUCUUUCUGAACCUUCCUUUCUUCCCCAUGAUGUUUCUGCUGCACUCCCGUGAUCCCUCGUCUAUGAAGAGUUUUGCCCCCUGGAGAGAGUUGUGAAGAGCAAAGGACCCUAGACUGGCUUUUCUUGCUGCUGAUGGAUGUGGCUGCGGUUGGCGGUUCCUUAAUCUCUCUGUUUUAGCAUGCUUGGUAUCUCGCCCCUCUUCAGGACGGCCGUGAUCCACAUGAGUCGAACUGGGAGGUCCUUCUUGUGCUCUUUCCUCAAAUUCGAAAAUCGUAAAGUAACAGGCACCUCAGGUUUCCCGUUCUGGCUUCUGCUUUAAAGGGAUUGGUUCUGGUGUUGGAUGUCCCUGUUUAAUGGAGAGAAGUCGUGUGCUUUCCUUGCGAUUAAAUAACUUCUAAAGCAUAAUCUUGAUUUGUUUGUAAGGCAGAGACAAAAAGUUACCUUUUCAAGAAUUCUGCUUCAGCUAUCUUCAACCCCCAAUCCCUUAAUUUUACAUAGUAGAGUGGAGCAGUUUUAUUUUUAAGUCUCUUUAAAUCCACUGCAGAAUGACCUUCUAUUUGUCUGGUUUUCGGAGCUUUCCGAAACUUUGGAAGAGCAACCCAAAGUUAGGUCCUGCGACCUCUUCUGUCCCCUUUUUUCUCACGGUUAACUGUGUCACCAGGAACCAACAGAGAUGGUUUUCUGUUAAACCCACGUCCCCUCCAAAUAGCAAAGCAAUGAAUCUGCUGAUUACCAAGGCAAGAGCACUCAAGAAAGGAAGUGACAGAAAUGAGCACGCUUCUUCGGCUCCUCAUUAUUUUGCUGCUGGAGCAGCUAAGAAGAGGUCACACCUAAAUAGUAACCCUCAGAAUGGGGAUCAUGCCUCACCACCUGUGAGAAGCACUAUCCAACUUCCAACUAAACCUUUGAGUUCCAAAGAGUGGGAUAAACUUAAAGAAGAUUUUAAAGGAAAGGCCAAUUUUGAAGACUGGGUCAUUUCACAGAUGGCGCGCAGCUGUAGUUCUGUAGAGGUGGCUAAGUCUCUCCUGGCAUGGGUAGCAGCGAAGAACAAUGGCAUUGUGGGAUAUAAUUUACUCGUCAGGUAUUUGUAUCUCUGUGUCUUUCAUAAGCAGACAUCAGAAGUUAUUGAUGUCUAUGAAAUCAUGAAAGCCAGGUACAAGACUUUAGAAUCUGAGGGUUACACCCUUCUCAUGCGUGGAUUAAUCCGCUCAGACAGAUGGAGAGAGGCCUUGCUGCUGUUAGAAGACUUUAAAAAAGUCAUGACCCCUUCAAGAAAAAACUAUGACGACUGUAUACAGGGAGCCCUCCUUCAUCAAGAUGUGAACCUGGCUUGGAGUUUGUAUCAGGAAUUGUUAGGGCAUAAUCUCGUUCCUCUGAUGGAAACUUUAAAAGCCUUCUUUGAUUUUGGCAAAGACCUAAAUGAUGAUCACUAUUCAAACAAGCUACUGGACAUUCUUUUGUAUCUAAGGAACAAUCAGCUGUACCCUGGAGAGUCAUUUGCACACAGUAUAAAAACAUGGUUUGAAAGUAUUCCUGGAAGACAAUGGAAAGGACAGUUCACCACAAUCCAGAAAAGUGGCCAGUGUUCAGGCUGUGGCAGAGCCAUAGAGUCUAUUCAGCUGAGUCCAGAAGAAUAUGAAUUUCUCAAGGGAAGAUUCAUGAGGGAUGUGAUAGAUGGUGGCGACCAAUAUAAGAAGACGACGCCUCAGGAACUGAAGAGAUUUGAGAGCUUUGUGAAUGCCUGCCCUCCUUUUGAUGUUGUUAUUGACGGCCUCAAUGUUGCAAAAAUGUUUCCUAAGGGCCGGGAAUCUCAAAUUCUCCUGAGUGUAGUUUCUCAACUAGCCCAACAAAAUCUACAAUUGCUAGUCCUGGGCCGGAAGCACAUGCUAAGACCGAGUUCCCAGUGGAGAAGGGAUGAGAUGGAACAGGUGCGGAGGCAAGCCCACUGUUUUUUUGCUGAUAACAUCUCGGAAGAUGACCCCUUCCUUCUGUAUGCCACGCUGAACUCAGGCAAUCACUGCAAGUUCAUCACGAAAGAUCUGCUGCGGGACCACAAGGCCUGCCUGCCUGAUGCCCGGACCCAGCGCCUCUUCUUUAAGUGGCAGCAGGGACACCAGCUGGCAAUCACGAAAGGGUUUCUAAGAUCAAAAUUAACGUUCCAGCAUACCCUCAGCUAUGACACUGUGGUGCAGACGACCGGAGACUCCUGGCACAUCCCUUAUGAUGCAGACCUGGUGCAGAGGUCCUCCUGCGAAGUGCCGACCACGUGGCUGUGCCUCCAGAGAGAGGCAAAGGCGCCUACCGCUGGCUGAGUUUGUCCUGGCUGCGGUCCUGGCCAGUAGCAGGGCUCUUAUAUCUGUGCUGAUUUGGGGCAUGACCUCUGUCCUGGAAAUAAAAAGAUGUUUUGUGA